CAAGUGCCCACGCGUGACGCCAGAUGCGCAUCUUCGAGAGGCACACAUGUCUGCUUGAGGGGCAUGGGAGGGGGGGGGGCGUGCGAGCUUACCCGCUACACAGGCCCCCCCUCACUGCUGCGCCACUCGGCAAAAAAAUAAUGGUGACUGUUGUUUUCGCUUUAUGCAUAUUAAAAAAACAUGCAUUUGUUUGUCUAUUCAUUUUUACCACCGUUGGGCCCCCUCAUGAGAUGAAUUCUGGUCACAAAAAAUGCCCUUUGUUUGCAAAGUUGAGGAAGCUAAUGACAAAAGUACCGACGCAUAGCAGCACACAGCAAAGCCGACAGGCCCCAAAGGCAGACCAUGGAACCAGUGGUAUAAAAAUGAGGUCCAGUACCGACAGGACACGCUGUCUUAGGGCAGGCCGGGUGCUCCUCUGUGAACCUUCUCAUAGCUAUGAGACAGAUGCCCGGGCCACGGGAGCCAAGAGGAAAGUGGAGGAGGACGCUAAGACUCCAGCCAGGAAGAAGAGGAAAGGCGAGCUUCCAGAGGACAAGGAAUCUUCCUGCAACUCCGGUGACAAUGCAUGCCUACAAAGUUCUCAAGUGGCUGCACAAGUGGGAGGCUUCCAGGCGGUGGAUGGAGAGGAACCAAGCGUCCACCCGAAGAUGAUGAAACCCAGCGACGAUGACGUCUCAGGAGUUUGCUGGGCUCAACUGGAGCUGAAAUACGUGCAGGAGAGACUGCUGGCCGUAGGAGGCUGUGGAUCCGUCUUUACCGGCUACCGCAAAAUAGACAAUUUCCCAGUGAGUAUUACACAUGUGGCCAUCAAGCACAUCCCAAAAGACAACAAUAUAACUCUACAGAAGCAAAAGGACAGGAUCAACAUGUCCUCGGAGGUGGCCGUUAUGAAGAAGCUUGCCAAAGACUUGCCUGAGGGGCGCUCGCCUUAUGUCACUCUACUGGACUGGUAUGACCUGGGUCAGAAGCUCAUUCUGGUGAUGGAGAGGCCCGUUCCCGCUGAGGACCUGACCGAAUACAUUAGCAAGAAAGGAGGGUGUCUUGAUGAGAGCGAGGCUAAGGUCAUACUGAAACAGUUGCUGGAUGUGGCUCAAAAACUUCAGGAGAAGCACAUUUUCCAUCGUGACAUCAAGACCGAAAACAUCCUGAUCGAGAGCACCCCCGACGGCCUUCACGUCCGCAUCAUCGACUUUGGACUGAGUUGCUUCACCAAGAAAAGAUCUCUCUACAGACUCUUUUUUGGAACUCCUUCUCUGGAGCCCCCCGAAUGGCUCCGCCACCAAUGGUAUCGGGCGGGCCCCACCACCGCGUGGCAGAUCGGGACGGUGCUCUUUGACAUCCUCCACAAUGAAGUGGACUUUCAAACAGAAGGGUACCUCAAGGAGGAGAUAAAAAUUAGCAACAAGUUUUCGGAUGAUUGUCGGGAUUUCCUGCAGAAGAGCCUGACCGCGGCGCCUGAAGAACGGCCCACCCUCAAAGAGCUGCGGCGUCACAAGUGGCUCAGAUAACACCGGAGAGGUCAUCAUGAUUGCCAAGAGGACGAAGUCCCCAAACUGUCAGUUUUAAAAUGAAGUUUUAAUAACCAA